CCAAUCAAAACGCAGCACUUCACAUAAUGAGGAAGCAAUUUAACAACAACAGCAGCAAUGUUUAACUGUUGUGAUAAAGUUUGGAGUUGGCGUGUGAGGAAUGUUUUAUGUUGACAUUAUUUACAUGCAGCCUUAAAAACAAUAUUUUGACGUCCAUCAACAUGUGCACUACUCUCCAUACAUGUAUUCUCGUUGUCGUUUACGCGCUUGCUGUCGUCGCGAGAAAAAAAGAGAGACAAAACGUCCUUUUUAUAAUUGCUGACGAUCUGAGGCCAUCCAUGGGUUGCUAUGGAGACACAACAGUAAAGUCACCAAACAUUGACCAGCUGGCGUCCAAAAGCCAUGUUUUUCUUAAUGCAUAUGCACAGGUAAAAUUGUGUUGCCAAUUUAAACAUGCAGCAGGCUGUAUGUGCUCCUAGUCGCACCUCCAUGUUAACAAGCCGCAGACCAGACACGACCAGGCUGUAUGACUUCAAAUCAUAUUGGAGAGUUCAUUCGGGAAACUACACAACACUUCCACAGUACUUUAAAUCGAAUGGUUAUGACACCAUGUCUGUGGGUAAAGUCUUUCACCCUGGCAUUGCCUCGAACCACACGGAUGACUACCCUUACAGCUGGUCCAUUCCUGCAUACCACCCUGCUUCAUUCAGAUUUGAAAAACAAAAGAUGUGUAAUGGAGAGGAUGGUCACCUCCAUGCCAACCUGCUGUGUGCAGUGAAUGUGACAGAGCAGCCUGGAGGAACACUCCCUGACAUGGAGAGUGCUGAUGAGGCGGUGCGGCUACUAAAGACUCGGGUUGAUGGCGUCCCUUUCUUCCUGGCCGUGGGCUUUCACAAACCUCACAUUCCUUUCAGGAUACCAGAGGAGUACCUGCGUCUCUAUCCUAUUGAAAACAUGACGCUAGUUCCUGACCCGGAUGUCCCCAAGCGCCUUCCACCUGUGGCCUACAACCCCUGGACAGACAUAAGAAAGCGAGAUGAUGUCCAAAAGCUCAACAUUAGCUUCCCCUAUGGACCAAUUCCUAAAGACUUUCAACUGCGUAUCCGCCAGCAUUACUACGCUGCUGUGUCCUACAUGGACUCCCAAGUUGGACGUCUGCUCAAUGCACUAGACAACUUGGGGCUGGCUCAGAGCACAGUAGUGGUUUUCACUUCUGACCAUGGUUGGUCACUAGGCGAGCAUGGUGAAUGGGCGAAAUACUCAAACUUUGAUGUGGCAACACGUGUUCCUCUUCUCAUUUAUGUCCCUGAGGAUCCUGCAGCCCUUAAAGGAUCUUCCUUUCCCUUUGUUGAUGUUUUUAGCCAAUCCCAACUCACCUUCAAGAAUUAUAAAUUUGUCGGCAAUAUGGUGGAGCUGGUUGCUGUUUUUCCAACAGUCUCUCAUCUAGCUGGCCUAGAAACACCUGUGCAGUGUCCUGAUAUUUCCUUGCAGAUAGAGCUAUGUACGGAUGGACAAAGCUUUGCCAAUGUCUUCCAUGAUGAGGAAAAAAAAAAGAAUAACGAGGCCUUGUCUUUCAGCCAGUACCCACGUCCUGCUGACACACCACAGGAGGACUCUGAUCUCCCUAACCUGAUGGACAUAAAGGUCAUGGGUUACUCUCUGCGCUCUUGGAACUACAGAUUCACUCUGUGGGUAGGCUUUGACCCCAAAACAUAUCAGGCCAACAUGUCAGACAUCCAUGCCGGAGAACUGUACCUGCUAGAAGAAGACCCCGCUCAGGACAACAAUGUCUAUAACGACUCUGACGGCGGUGUGAUGAUGAGGAAGAUGAACAGCCUGCCUCCUACUGUAAGCGUACAGACGAGGAUGGAGCUGCAGCUCCUCUACCUCACAGCAGGGAUGAAGACGAACAAAAGGGGGCGUGGCCAUGACAAAAUGAAUUGCAACAUAUGACUUAGGAGUGUGCACAUGACAUAAAACCCAGGAAAAGGAGAGUAUCAUAAUACUUUCUGAAAUUUUAACUUUGUUUUAUCUUCGGGCAGCACGGUGGAGGAGGGGUUAGUGGGUCUGCCUCACAAUACGAGUAGUCUUGGGUUCAAUCCCGGGCUCGGGAUCUUUUUGUGUGGAGUUUGCAUGUUCUCCCCGUGACUGCGUGGGUUCCCUCCGGGUACUCCGGCUUCCUCCCACUUCCAAAAAUAUGCACCUGGGGAUAGGUUGAUUGGCAACACUAAAUUGGCCCUACUGUGUGAAUAUUGUCUGUCUCUCUGUGUUGGCCCUGCGAUGAGGUGGCGACUUGUCCAGGUGUACACCGCCGUCCGCCCGAUUGUAGCUGAGAUAGGCACCAGCGACCCAAAGGGAAUAAGCGGUAGAACAUGGAUGGAUGUUUUAUCUUCAGACACCAAAUCUUGUCUUUUAUUCUACCAUAUUUGGCAGGUGCUGCAACACAAAGUCAUCUUUUAACAGCCUGAGUUUGAUAGAAGGCUAAUUAACGUGAAAUUAUUAUGUUAAUUUUACAAGCUGCUUCCAAAGGUGACUUGUCGUCUGAACACCUAUUGGGAACAAGAAUGAUUGAGGUUUGUAGGUGUUCCACGAGUUUGUAGUUCCAAACAAUGAUGUGUCUAAAUAAAUAAGCAGUACAGCCAAAUUUAUGGGCACUGUCAGGCUCAGGUGAGCGUUGCUUGCGACGUGUACCGAAGAUAGCAGACGGCGUGCAGGUAAAACUAUAUUCAAUGACAAAGUAGAAGCUGUAGUGCAGCUGGGAAGUGCACCGGAUGCAUAGGAAAGCAAUGCAGGAUGAAAGUUAAAACAGACCACAAGCACACUAAAAACCUAAGCAGCCUGAUUGGUAACCAACAACAGGUGUGUCUAGAGUGCCAAUCAGAGACUGGGGUGGAGGCAGGAAAAGACACAGAAAACAAGAAGUUUAUAACAAAAACAAAAUAGCCUUGAAGGAUCAUGACAUACAAAACUUUCCUGUAAAAGUGAAAAGUGUUUCCCCUUUGCUGCUGUAUAACUGUAACCCUGUUGAAGAUACUACAUAUAUUAGCAUUUGUUCUGCAAUACAUGAAAGCACAACAGACAUGCUGCACGUCAGAUUGUCUAUAUGGAUUGAUUUGUAAAAAAUAAAAUAUUUUUGUACAGUG